GCAAGCCACAAGGCCGUUCGAUAUCGCUCGGUUCGGGUAGUUGCUGAGAUGGUAUCCCAUCUCGGUGAGAUCGAGUACCGCAUACAAGACAAAGAAGCACCUGUCCGUGUCCAGGCUGUGAUUGCGCUAUCAAAACUUUGCGGUUCGGAAACGCCCGAUGAUCUAGACGAUUCCGAGGAGCUAACGGCGAUCGACCUUGUGGAAGUUCUGGCGCACGACCCUGCUGCGGAUGUUCGCCGAGCAGCCUUGCUCAAUCUACCCUUGACUCCGGCUAACGUCUCCCCAAUACUGGCACGUACUCGGGACACGGAUCCGCUUAUCCGCAAAGUCGUUGGACGUGGACGUUCCCGUUGUCCUUGCGACCCCAGAGCGCUGACGAUAGAGCAACGUGAGCUGAUCGUGCGGAAUGGGCUUGGCGACCGUGAGGGCUCCGUCCGCGCUGCCGCUGCCAGGGUGCUCGGUACGGAUACUGGAUCUGAAGGUCGAGAGAAGGAUGGUGUUAAGAAGGAGGGAGGCGGUGGGGAAACGGGGCCCGAGACCGAGCAGGACCUCAUCGCGUUUCUGAAGAUGUUCGACUUGGUGGAGGGGGCGAUCGCCGAGGACGCGUUGCUGAGCGUGCUCACGACCCGAGUCGAUGUCUUCGAUUCCUUGGAAUUCAGCGAGAACUACUGGCGUGAGCUCACCCCGGAGAAAGCUUUCUUGGGCCGUGUCUUCGCUCAGCACUGCAUUUCGACGAAGAAUGAGGCUCGACUCGAAGGAGCGCUACCAGUGGUUACCGCAUUUGCAUUCCAAAUCCAGGCCGCCUAUAAUGAUCUUCUCGAGCGCGUGCAGAUGCUAGCGGAAAGACGAGCCGUGGGCAAUGAGAUCGAAGAAGACGAACAGGAUGAGCAAGACGCAAAGGAAUUUAUUCUAGGCGAAAUGCUGCUUCUGGCGGUAGACCUGGAUUACGGCGAUGAGAUCGGAUGGAGGAAGAUGUUCCAACUCGCCCGUAAGUACGAUCUUCCUGGCUUGUAA